UAUCUUUAAGCAGGGGUGUGCAGUUGAACUCAACAACAAUUAUUUUGAUCAAGUGUUGCCUCUUGCCUGUCUUGGCUGCUCAACAAAUAUACUCCUCUUCCCAACGACACCGUGGCUGUCAGACUGGUUGGUCGACCUGAGCACUGGGUGCCGCCUGUGGAUGAAACACGGAAGAGUUCAUUCAAGGAAUCUACUGUGGAGAUACAGGCAGGAUAGAAGCACACGGAGCGCAUCGGGAUCCUUUGAUUUAGAGCAAACCUUCCUGAAGAAAAUUAUCCCAUGAAGACGAGACAAAUGUGUCUCCAUAUGCGAUUUCGUUGCGUUACUUUGGAUAAAAUCUGAGAUGUUGGGAAAGGAGAAACUUAAUGGCUUCUUUGUCGUUUGGACUAUACUUUCCGCGUUUGGCGAAAAACUCGACGACGGUUGUGGCCACUCCAUGCUGGGCCCAGAGAGCGGUGUCCUCUCCUCUAAGAACUACCCGGGAACCUACCCCAACAACACCUGGUGUGAAUGGAAGAUCCGCGUGCCAGAGGGCAACAGCCUGGUCCUCAGGUUCGGAGACCUGGACGUGGAGGCACGGGACUGCCAGUCGGACUACGUCAAGGUCCUCAAGGAUGUCUACGGAGGCGAGCAUGUGUAUGGGACGUUCUGUGGCAGCCUGAAGUCCUACCCAAGAGAGGUACACACGGACUCCAAUGAGGUCAUCGUCCAGUUCCGCAGCGGGCGCCACAUCUCGGGCCGAGGGUUCCUGUUCUCCUACUCCUCAGGGGACCACAGAGAUCUGCUCACAUGUUUGGAUAAAGGCAGCCAUUUCUCAGAUUUAAAAUACAGGAAGUACUGUCCGGCAGGAUGCAAAGCAGUGGCAGGUGACAUAUCCGGGGACAUUUCCCAGGGUUACAGGCAUACAUCUGUGCUGUGUAAGGCUGCCGUCCAUGCAGGGGUUAUCCUGGAUGAGUUAGGAGGCUGGGUAUCCGUGGAGACCCACAAAGGCCUGAGUCACUACCACGCCACCAGAGCCAAUGGGAUCCAAUCCAAAGACGGCUCUUUGUCCGAAGCGCUCUUCACGUUCCUCAUUAAUGACUGUAAGAACCAGUCAGUGUUGCAGCAUGUGUCUGUUAGUGCCAGUUCCUGGGGAGAAGCGAUGGGUUGUCAGUCUGAUUGGGCGCCCAACAGCUCCCAGGCUGACCCAGGAUCAAGGGGCUGCACCUGGACUGCAGAUCAGAACGACAGCCUGCAGUGGCUCCAGCUGGACCUGGGGGAGAAGAAAAGGAUCACAGGGAUUAUCACAACUGGCUCUACUAUGUUGGACUAUCACUACUAUGUGAGGAGCUUCAAGAUAGUUCACAAGGAGAGGAGUCGGUGGAGGACUUACACACAGAACAACAGCACACAAUACAUGAUAUUUGAGGGGAACCAGGACAGUCUGCAUCAGACCAGGAACACCUUCCACAAUCCAAUCAUAGCCCGCUACCUGCGGAUCAUCCCUCAAACCUGGCACCAGAGGAUCGUCAUGAGGGUAGAGCUUCUGGGCUGCACCCAUGUCAGAGGUACACACCCUAACCCCCAUGUCAGAGUGAACAUGUCGUCCCAGGUCACAUUACCCACCAAACCCAAGCCUCCGGUGGGGGACGAAGAGAUCACUGAGCCAGUGCCCUCCCAGGCAGACCGCGGGAAGCUGGCCAUCAUCAUCGUACCCAUAGUCUUAUCUGUGGUGCUCCUGCUGGUUGGGAUUUGUGUAUUCAAGAUGCUGCAGAAGAAGAAGACAAAGGAGAACUCAUACGGAUCCUCUGAUACCCAGAAAACAGGUUGCUGGAAGCAGAUCAAGCAGCCGUUUGCCAGGCACCAGUCCACAGAGUUCACCAUCAGCUACAGCUCAGAGAAGGACCCCAUACAGAAACUAGACCUGGUCACCAGCACCAUGGCAGAGUACCAGCAGCCUCUGAUGAUUGGGAUGGGCACAGUGACCAGGAAGGGCUCUACGUUCAGGCCCAUGGACACUGAGACCAAGGAGGACCCUAGCGACCCGUCCACCCACUACAACUACCUGCACACAGCCAACCAGUACGCCCUGCCCCUCACCAACCAGGAGCCAGAGUACGCCACACCCAUCAUCGAGCGCCACACCUUCCACAAGGAUGGCUUCCUGCCAGACCCGGCCAACUACUGCGUUCCAGGGUUUGUCCUCAGCAAGACCCCCUCCUUUAAAACCAUGGACAGGAAAGCAGGGGUGGGCUCCUCCGGGGGCUACCAAACCCCCCAGGUCAAAACAGACCGGGGACACAGUAACUCUGAGGGGGUCUACGACAGCCCCAAGGUGAACAAGCCUGUGGCCCAGAGCAAGAGCUGUGGCUGCUCAGACUACCAGAGACCCCAGGCCAAGCCAGCAGCGCUGGAGAGCUACUCCACCCCCAGGGACUGUGUGAGGGUGGCCCCCGCCAUUGGCCACAGGCCGGACCAUCGACCAGACCCUGAGGGCAGCUCUGGAGGAACCUGAUGAUGGAACAUCUAUGAGACUACAGGACAAACUGUCAAACUGUGAUUUCUAUCAGUUCACGGCCGUUUUAGAUGGACCUCACUGUAGUAAACACAACCAAUCUCAUCUAAAUGGUAAAUUAUUUCUCAACUGACUUCCGGCAUGCGGGAGACGACAGUGUUUGUUUGCUGCGUGAAACGGAGCUACAGGAUGAACUGGGUGCAUCUCUGAGGCUGUGCAAGCAGACAUCAAAAUACAGAUGGUUACUUUUAUUUUCCUCUUUGAGGUGAUUUAUUAAAAAGAAAAUAGUGAUGAGACAGGACAUGUCCCUUAAAAUGGGAAAAUACCUCCCCUCAUUCUCAACUGUGACUGAUGUUUGUGACUGUAACAUAAGAUUGAGAUAAUGUGACUCGGUUCCUUGGCUGUACAGCAUAUUAUGAGGUCAUGGUGAAGCUGUUUUCAGCAGGAAUACAUAGAGGAAGCAGAGUGCUUGUUAAGUAAAGCAGCACCCAGUUUAAAGUGGCAGAUUUGUGUGUCCCCAGCGGGUCCUACUAUAGGGCGAUUUAUGCAGUCAGUGGAGUUAGCUCUUAACAGAGAACUGUAAGGACACACUGUGACUGAAAGGACUGGUGUCACCGCAUGGGGUCCCCCACAAUGGGGGUUCUGUUACCAUGUUGCAGGUGGCUCUAUGCUCUAAAGCCGAGCGGCUGCAUCGCUGCUCUGUAUCAAAGUCUGGAGGCAGAUCUGGCCAGUGUGGGCAGAGAGCCCAUGAAUAGGCAAUGGGAGAGAGUGUACAGUUAGUCUGGCAUAUUUAGAAACACCCAGCUGGGGAUUUAGGGGAGUACAACUGGACUACAACACAUCACAGAGCUGUUUUUAUAUGAUCUGUUAAACUGAACUAGAUCAAGAACUACUGUAAAGGCCUGUUCUUUUUUUUAAAUGGAUGUUGAACACAAAGCCAUGUUAAAUGGUACCAUUCCUACAGUGUAUACAUACAUGUGCAUAGUUUGAACAUGUUUAUUGCCAAGAGUAAAGAAAAAAAAAUAGAAUUGCUGUCUUGUGCUGUCGACUAUAUUAAAAGCACCAGUGAGUGUGGUGUUGCUGCUGUGUACGAAAGACCUUAGGAUGUAACUUAAGAACUCUUUAAUUUCUGUGAAAUAUUUUGUGGAGAUCUUUCGAGCGGGGUUGUAUGUAAGUGCAGUACUCCGUCUGAUCGUUGCAAAAAGUUUGUCACUCUCAUUCAAAGUGUGUUUACUGACUGUUGGCUGUAAACUGAGCCCUGAAUAAAAACACCAGCAGUUGA